GAGUAUUCUGUUGCUUUAAAACAUUUUAGUUCUUUAGAGAGAUUCCAACAAAAACUCAUUUCUCAUUUCAGGCCUUUGAAGACCUCAGCAAGCUAAUGGUCAAGGCUAAGGAAAUGGUGGAGUUAUCAAAAUCAAUUGCUAAUAAGAUCAAAGACAAGCAAGGUGACAUCACAGAAGAUGAGACCAUCAGGUUUAAGUCCUAUUUGCUGAGCAUGGGAAUAGCUAACCCAGUUACCAGGGAAACCUACUGCUCGGGCACACAGUACCACAUGCAGCUGGCCAAGCAGCUGGCUGGGAUGCUGCAGGCACCGCUAGAGGAACGAGGGGGAAUAAUGUCACUCACGGAGGUGUACUGUUUAGUAAACCGAGCUCGAGGAAUGGAAUUGCUCUCACCAGAAGAUUUAGUGAAUGCUUGCAAGAUGCUGGAAGCGCUAAAAUUACCUCUCAGGCUCCGAGUUUUUGACAGUGGCGUCAUGGUAAUUGAGCUUCACAGCCAUAAGGAAGAGGAAAUGGUGGCCUCAGCCUUGGAGACAGUAUGUGAACCCCGUUUCCUCCUCAUCAGUCAGCCCACCAAGACCUGAAUGCCUAGCAACUUGAGAAACAGGAUUUCCUUUUGAAUUUAACUUUACUAAAAAGUAAUGUUUGUAGACCCAAUUAAAAACACCUACUUUUUUUUACUUUUUUUUACUAGUCAAGUACGGUAGUGAGAAGGGGGAAAGAGUAGAACAAGGAGUUCGAUCUGUAACUGUAACUGUUCGAUCUGUAACUGCUAUCUCAACUGAAUAAUCAGUUGAGAUAACUCACCACCUUCGGACUAGCCCAAAACAC